AUGAACUCUUCAGCCAGCCUGUUGGACAUGAACUUCACAUCCCAGAUGUCAGUUGGAGGAGGUGGCUAUCCUAAAGACAGCUUUAGUGCCGCCUUGACCAAGAACAUUGUGGCCGUGCUGGUGUGGAUGGCCCUAAGCUUCAUCAACGGAAGCAUGGUGCACACCUUCCUCAAACAUAACUUUUUCUAUGAGGACCCGCGCUACAUCAUGUUCAUCUACAUGGUCAUAAAUGACGCCCUGCAGCUCACCCUGGUCACGGCACUGUACGUGGUCAGCUACAUUUUCAUAAAGAUCCAAUGCUUCCGUGUGCUGCCUGCUGGUGAUGACUGCCGUGCUGACCACACGCUCCACCCCUCUCAUAUUAGCCGGUAUGGCUGUGGAGCGCUACCUUUCCAUCUGUUUCCCCUUAUACUACGGGCACAUGUGCACGGUGUCGCGCACCAUUGUCCUCAUCGUGUUCAUCCUGUUCUUAACGGUGGCCGUGCCUCUCACUGACCUCCUGAUCACACUCAUCAAGGAGCCCCUGGAUUUCUUCCGCACCUCCAUCUUCUGCGAUCAAUCCCUGGUCUUCCGGGACCGCUCCAUCUACUACAAGAACGCUGUGUUUGACAGCAUCUAUUUCUCCUUCGUGGCGCUCACGCUGCUCUACACUUAUUGUAAGAUCAUGCUAACAGCACGCGCUGCCUCCACAAACCUGGUGUCCAUAAAGAGGGCAAGGAAUACAGUGCUACUCCACGGGGUGCAGCUGCUGCUGUGCAUGCUGGCCUUUGUAGUCCCCUCUCUGCAAGCAGCCCUCAUCGCUCUCUUCCCCCAGUUUGUCCUGGAGAUCCGUUACAUAUUUUUCCUGCUGGUCUACAUAAUCCCACGAUUCCUCAGCCCCAUGAUCUACGGUUUCAGGGACAAGCAGUUCCGCAAAUACUGGGCCAGGUACCUGAUGUGUCACAGGAACAAUAGAUCUAGAGUGAGGCCGGCUAUGAAAGUGAAUCUCAAGUUCAGGUGAUAGGAACAUUUUGCUUGAAUUCUGAGAGAAUGGAUAGAAUAUGAAGUAUUGCAUGUAGUGAUGGAUGAAAAAAAUGCAAUAAAUGAACAAAUGUGGGGGUCCUUGUCAGUGACAUAUAUGCGCCACUUCACAAUACUGUACAUUAUGUCAUAAAUUGUCAUUAUGUUUUUAUACUGUAACAUAAUGCUGUUUGCUGGAAAAACACGUUCAAUGACACAAUUACUCAUUCCUACAGGGUGUAAAUAAAAUAUGAACUGUGAGUGUGUGUGUGUGUGUGUGUGUGUGUGUGUGUGUGUGUGUGUGUGUGUGUGUGUGUGUGUGUGUGUGUGUGUGUGUGUGUGUGUGUGUGUUCGUGUGCAUGUAACCACUCAAAUUCAUAGACGGACCUAUAGAUGCAAGGACUGACAGUCCACGAAAUCAACAUGAUAAUCGGAAGUAUAUUUUUAAAGGCAUGUUAAGAGAUAUUUCCUGCAGUCCAAUGGCCAUAUCAACUACCCCUUGAUUCUUGAAAAUGUUUACGUUCAUCCCCUGUGAGUGUAAUACAGGGCUGCCCAACCCGGUUCCUGGAAAGCUACCGUCCUGUAGGUUUUCGCUUCAACCCAAAUCUAGCACACCUGAUUCUAAUCAUUAGUUGGUUGAUAAGCUGAAUAGAACAGCUUUGGGCAGCCCUGUUGUAGUCCAACUGUAUUACCCUACCAUAACCUAAAAUGUAAGUUUACUACAACAUUCUUUACAUUUCCAUUGUCAUUGGGUCUUUAUUAACAAACAAUGUAAUGCUUCGAAAUAUAAUGCUAAUCCUUUACCAUUGUUUGUACAAAUACAAUUAAUCAAGUUUGGUUCAAUACCAUGGAACAAUGUCAUGGAACAAUGUCAUGAGAUUCAUCCAUAAAGAAACAAGACCACUGUAAUCCUUCCUAGUGACAACAAGCCACUAUUAAAGGCAGCUUAUUGUGUGCAGGUCUUUUUGUUUCUUUAUGUACAGUUUACCAACAACCAGGACCUACUUGUGUAUGUAUGUGAUGUCUGUAUAACAAAUCAGAUUAAACCACACAAGCAUCAACAUUUUGUAAAAUGUUUUAAAGGGUCAGAUAAUUAUAUCACUAUUUUACUUCUGAUUAAUUAACAUGUUUUUAUCUUCCCCUUUCCUGUCUCUAGUGUUAUAUUGGAGUAUAAUAUCAUACAUAAAGACAGUAACUCUUUAUAUAAAGUAGCACUCUCUGUCUCAUCUGUGUUAUUCCAGGACCUGAAAGAUAAGAGUUCUCUGUUUCUCAAGAACAAAGAAAAUGCCGUUCAGAACAGACUUUUCUGUGUUGUAGUAGCUACACUUUGUUCUUAUCAAUGCACAAUGCUAUGCAAUAUCACAUAGUUCAUGUGAUUUGAUGACAAUGCUAAAAAAGUGUUAGGAAGAUAUAUAAACGCUGCACUGAUGCGUAAUGCCAAAUUAUUGAGGAUUAAAAGGAAAGUUAACUAAAAUGUCAAUUUGUAUGACACUUUCCAGCCCUGAAAUUAGACUAUUGGAAAUAUGUAACAAUUCUGUUUUGGUUUUCUUUUUCACCUAGUGGAUCAUAUAACAACAUCAAAAAGACAGUGAAUGAUGAACAACAGCCGAGUGGAUCACUUAAUUUAAGCCUUCAUCAAAACACUUCACAACAUUUGACCUGUAGGCAUAAUCAUCAACUACAUUAAUAUAACUUUUGUGUAUACUUUCUUCAAAAGUCAUAUCUUCUACAGGGUUCCUGGGGUAUAUUAUAUACAUUCUCUGAUUUGGGAGCCAAAUGAACGAACAAGAUGUUUCGAUUCCCAACGUCCACCAAAAGGAGCCGUUCAAAAAGAGCUGUUUGUUCACAUACGACCCAUCACUACCCUACAGUAUUAAUCUUGUGUGAAAUGUUCAGUAGGGAGAUAGCAGGAGGAUGAAUUUCUUGUUCAGUGGGUGAUCCUCAGGUAUUGACAUCGCCACUUCAAUUAUCCUUUCCUUGUAUGGUUCCCCAACCCCAUGGAAAGUUGGGGAACCAGCAAUUUCAACUACUUUGUACUGAUGUGUGUCCCUAGUAAUCAGUGAUACCUCACUGCUCAUUAGGAAAUACAGCUUUAUACUGUAUGUGCUCAUCAAGGGGUAUAUUUUAAUUCCACUGCACAACCUCCCACGCACUUAAAUCUGUCUUGUGCACCAAACAUGAUGGAAGAUUACCUCUGGACACAAUUUCUUAAAGAGCAAUUCAUAUUUUAUAUUACACUUUAUAACACAUUUCAUAAGGUAUUCUAAUGCCUGCUUUAUGAGUGCAGUUAGAUGCAUUUUAGUGCAUUAUGCAUAGCUCAUAAGGCAUUAUACAUGCAAUUAUAAUGCAUUAUGAAAAGGGGACUCAUAGGAAGUGUUACCAAUAUUUCAAAUAGGUUUAAUACUAUCAUGCCAAAUCUUCUAAGCUGUCUAUCCUCAGCCUAUUCCCCCUGCCCUAUCUCUCAGUUUACCAAACAAAGGGGCAGGGUUGGGCUGUUGAAAAUACAUAUUUUGGACAUAAUGGUCAUGCACCAUCCCCUCCUGCUCUGCUGACUCAUCAUUCCCCAAUGGAUUACAUAAUCUCACUUAGAUCUGUGAAAAGGUGUCUAUAUAAACCAGUAGCUUUGCCUCACAAACUUACUGGUUAGUCAGACAGGCAGGCAUUGCGAGGUAAGUUUUACAGCCUUUCAAAUAAAAAUAAAAAUAAAAAUAUAUAAAAAUAGCCAGCUCAGUCCCAAGAAAAACAGUAAGGCGCUUCGUUACCUUUUUCAUUGUACAGUAUAUCAAGUUGAAGCUAUCCCUGUAAUCAUAUCACUUCUUAUGGGGAUUGUCUGAAACUCUGAAUAAUAUUUGUUUUUCUUUGUCAGGUACAGUCCAAAUACUUCUUAAUAGUGAACGAUUAAUGAAUUUCACCAAAGGCCGGAAUCAAUUCAACAAUGCUUUCAUGAACAACUGAAUAAUGAACAACAGCAGAGCAAUGGAUAACUUCAAUGACACUUUCAUGAAAAACUUCACAACAUUUGCCCUGGGUGUAAUCAUCAAAUACAUCAAUGGAACCUUUGUGUAUAUUUUCUUCAAGAGUCAUAUCUUCUACAGUGACCCGAGGUAUAUUCUAUACAUUCACCUGGUGAUCUACGACAUGAUUAUGCUGUCUUUUGCAGUGAUGCUACAGGUUAUAACAUAUGCGCUGCCACAUGGCCUGAAUAUGUCUGUGUGCUGUAUGGCGCUUGUAAUCACUAGCACAACCAACAGAAACAGUCCAUUGAACUUAGCAGGCAUGGCCAUAGAGCGCUACUGUGCUGUCUGUAAGCCCCUGCAUCAUACUCAGUUCUGUACAGUGCGUAGGACCUACAUCCUCAUCUGCCUCAUCUGAAGUGUAUCAGUCAUCCCUGCACUCAGUGACGUCAUCAUUGGGCUAGCUACUAAACCAUUCACCAUUUUUUCCACAGCUGUUAUAUGUUAUAACGAUGCUGUUUAUGGUUCCCCAUAUCAUAAGGCUACAUCCACGGCGGUACAUAUUGUUAACCUGUCAUUUGUAUUUCUGACAUUGGUCGUUACUUAUUUUAAGGUCCUUUUUGCUGCAAAAGCUGCCGUAACAGACCCAGCAUCGGCUCGAAAGGCUCGUAAUACAAUUUUGUUACAUGGGGUUCAGCUUCUGCUCUGCAUGCUGGCGUAUCUCACCCCCUAA